CAGCCCCCGCGCGUACGUCCCUCCUGCUGACGAAGGCCGGCCUCGAGCUCACCAGGCGAAGGAGGAAUGCGCAGGCAGACCCCGGCGUGAGCGAGGACCACGCGGACACGCCGGCUGAGGGCAUGCCAGCGAAUGAUUUCCAAGCAGCGGUGGAAGACGGACCGAACGCUGACGGAACGACGACGGUGCCGGAGCAAGAAACGAAGACGCAGAGGAGAAGGAAGAUAAGAAGGAAGAAGAUCCCAGGAGUAGCACUAAGGUCGGGUAUGCUGCUGAGACAUGGCAACAGCAUCGUAAAGGUCAGACGCGUGAAGAAACGGAAGAAAGUUCCUGAAGGCGAGAGACAAGGACUCAGCUACGAAUGGGAACAGCCAAAGGGAACGGCGUCAAGAUUCGCCAGGGAUCGGCAGCCGUGAAGGACAAGACAUCUCGGCAGGGUGAGAGCUACCGCCAAGGGGCAGCCAGGCAGAAUGCUCCAGAAGAGGAAGAAUACUAUUACUAUUACGAGUAUUAUGAAGAUGCUGGCGAUUCCGCAGUCCAGAGUGAAAACGUGACAAGUGACAAUACGAGUAAUACACAGGGCCAGGAAGGAGACGGCACCGAUGGCUACGAAGAUUACUACUACUAUGACGAAAGUCCCGAUGCCGUGAGCCCAGGAGACGGCACCGAAGGCCAAGAAGGAGACGGCGCCGAGGGCGACCAGGAUUACUACUACGACGACACUGGAGGCGAAGACAACGCCGACGGAGGAGAUGGCACCGGCGGCCAGGAGGGGGACGGCACCGACGGAGACACAGAGUACUACUACGACGAAACUGACACUGGAGGCGAAGACAACGCCGACGGAGGAGAAGACAACGCCGACGGAGGAGAAGACACAGGCGGCCAGGAGGGAGACGGCACCGACGGAGACGCGGCGUACGACUACGAGGAAACUGACGGAGAAACCGGAGGCACUGACGAAGAGUUUGUGACCUUCCUUAGUACAACAACCACACCAGCUCCUACAACCACUGCAUCUUCAUCUACGACCACGACUACCGGCUCUACAACCACCUUAUCAAGUGCAGCAUCCACAUCUCCAACCUCCUCUACAACUUCCUCCACCUCCACCUCCACCUCAACCAAAAGCCCGACAACAACAACAGCAACAACAACAACAACAACACCACCAACAACAACAACAACAACACCAACAACAACAACAACAACAACUACUACUACUGCGACCACGACCACUACUACCCCACGUACCAGCACGAGUACGACCACCACGCAGGUCCCGACGCCCAUCCAGGGGAGCUUCUUCCGCGACGACGGCGCGUGGGUGUGGGGCUCUCAGAACCGGGUCGCGACCCCUCCCCCGACGUCCUCCACCUCCGCCCCGGUCCUCGAGCCCGUGACCAUCAACACAGGCUUCGGCAUCGUCGUCCUGGCCGAUGCUCAGGACGCCGGUGGCGUGGGCGUGCAGAGCAACGGCUUCGGAAUCCUUCUUCAGGACCAGGGACAGAACGUGGCAAGCUCCGGGGCUUCGAACACGGGUUUUGGUACAGUAUCUCGCUCGAAGACGGGAAUUCCUGGACAGCUCAAAGCUGCGCUUUGGAGCAGCCACGAACGGAAACUCCGCUUCGAGCGCAGACGCGGCCGCGCCCGGGAAUAUACGAUCCGGUACGGCCUCGAAAAUCUUUUUCCCCUUGAGGUCGGGGAGCGCCAUCAGACCCAACCUUCCCAGAGUCCCGGUGUCGGAGAGGGCAAGAGAAAGAAGAGAAGGAGGAAAGGCAAGAGAAGGAAGAAGCCUUCCUCCGCGUCCGCUGCCCCUCCGGCGAGCGUCAGCUCUCGCGUUGCUCCACUUCCGUGACUUUCCCGGAAACGACUGGGCCGGAUCAGGCACCGCCGGCUGACUUCGCGCCCUCAUCGAGAUGGUGGCUCCGGCUAGUGGGCGUGGGCGGCACGAUUCACGCAGGGCCUGAUUUACGCGUAGCAAAUUCCAUAUCAACGUACAAAAUGUCUUAGAUGGACUACGCAAUGUGUACUGAUCAGAAAUGGCUAAUGUGCUUGAUGAUCCAUUAUAUACGUAAGGGUAAUAUAGAUAUAAAACGACAUGGGUA